CCCAGAGUCCCUCAGAUGGUUACUCACGAGAGGCAAGACUCGCCGAGCCAGACAGGUGGCCGCCCAGGUGGCUCGACACAAUCUCCUCACCCUCCCGCCCACUGCUCACGCCCAAAUGGACCACUUGGCCGCCCACGUGUACCUGGACGUCCCCUGGGGUAGUCUCCUGACGCUCUUCAAAACUCCGCGGCUGAGGAAAAAAACACCUUGAUUGUUGUGUUCAUGUGGUUGGCAGUGUCGCUGGCAGACAGUGGGUUCCGGAGUGAGUUGGCGGGGCUAGAUGGUCCUGGACAGCUGGUGAGCCUGCUGGGGGGUCCUGGUCACCUGGGGUCGCUGCUGGGGGCGGGGGUGGAGGCCGGGGCAGUGGUGUUGGCGGCCGUCCUCACCUCACACCUAUACCGCAGGGCCUUCCUCGUCCUCAACCUCCUCCUCACAGCUGCUCUCACCCUGGCUGUCAUCUGUGUCUUACAGCUGGUCAAAGAGACUUGGGUGAACGUGGACGCCCUCACCACAGCCCUCAGGUUCGUAGGCGUGCUGAUCGUAGGUGGGGCGAGGGUUGGCGUGAGUGUGGUGAGCGUGGAGGUGGUGCCUACCACAGCACGAGCCUCCGCUGUGGGACUGUGUGCCGCCCACGCUGCCGUGGGAGAAAUACUGACCCCUUUGUUGGCUAUCGUGGCUGAGCUGACCUACCCGUCGGUGCCCUGGCUGGCGGCAGCAGCGGGAUGCUUGGUGGCGGCAUUACUGGCACUGCUUCUGCCAGAGACUGCUGGUACUACCCUCCCCGACGUGGUGGACGAGGCAGAGGUCGUUGGGCUGUGCUACCGUGGAGACGUACUCAAGAACUGCGACUUCGGCUACGGCAGAAGCCCCUACUGGGUGGAGGUUGAUGGCCUUAUCGUUAGCAGAAGCGUUUCUGAAGUUGGCCUCGACGAUGACGAUAAAUUUAAAAGUCUUGAUCGAAAUCUGGACACCCAGUUAGCACCCAAAGCCUCCGAGCAAGGCCAUAAGGUGCUGAAUAAACUGGGUCAGGGAGCAGGGCCCUCACAGCUGAUGGUCAUGCCACACGUACAGACUCGCCGGAGGGAAGUGAACACCAUGUUCUCGCAAUCCUCCGGGUCCCUGGUGUCGUCAUGCUCCCACUGCUCGCUCGUGUCUCUGGUGGAUGUUAGUAAAGUCAACGGCAACAACUCCGACACAACAGACUCUAAUUACUCUGGAGGUCAAGACGAGACCCGCGGGCUGGCUCCCGGCUGUGUAAAGAAAACUUUACAGACGAAAGAAAACACUGACAAUGACAUGAAAAAAACAGAAGAGAACAGGAAUGUAAAUGACUCCUCUCACCACGGGGAUGACUCUACAGGGAAGACGGACGUAACUCCCGGGGAAGAAAAGAGUCUCAGUGACUCAAAAACAAGUUUCGAAGACAACAACACAACACUCAACGAAUCAUCCUCGAAGGUAAAGGCGCUGGGUAGUGGUCCUCUGGAGAGUGAUAUGAGUAUCUCGGUUUGUUCUCUACAGUUUAAGCACAUCCGGCGGCCAGUAAGUCCAACAGAUCGAAGAAGAGGCUCAGGUCUGUAUUAUUCCUCGUCGUCCGCCUACGCUGCCGGGGGUUGCAGAACUCUCAUCCAGGAAUAUAUGUCCAGGAACAGUUUUAGGGGAGACGUGUCGGGGUCGAGGUACUCCACACUUUAUAAGAAGGGCGACGUAGGCGAGGAAGAUGCCGCUAACACCCGCAUCACUACCCCUUCGUCAGUAUUGAAAGAAUGCAUCAGAAUUGCCCGGAACAAAGAAAGAAUGAAUGUAAUGGACCAGCUGCAAGAGGAAGUAACUGAGGGAACGAAAAGAUGUUUUGUGAAGCCUUUUGAGCACGAUGAACACUCCUUAUCAUCCCAAACAAGCACUAUGUCAACGGGGACGAUCGAGGUGAAUGACCAGAGUUUUAUACAGAAUUCCUCGCUCUCAGAAGCUCCCUCCUUCACUACAAAUAUUUUCAACCCGAGUUCCACACUAGAAUACGAAGCAGCGGGGGGGCGUUCAGCGGGAGGAGGAGGAACAGCAGCGGGAGGAGGACCAGAGAGAGGAGGACCAGCGGAAGGAAGACUAGAGAGAGAAGGAGCAGCGGGAGGAAGACCAGAGAGAGGAGGACCAGCGGGAGGAAGACCAGAGAGAGGAGGACCAGCGGGAGGAAGACCAGCGGGAGGAAGACCAGAGAGAGGAAGACCAGCUGCAGGAGGACCAGCGAGAAGAGGACGAGAGGUAACCACCCACACACUAAGGUACGACACCUUGAGAACAAUAUACGACGUUGGUGUCACUAAAAUAGCAGCCAUGAAGUUUGGUCUUCGUCCUCUACGUCAGGUCUCCACGACAGGUGUUCUCGGGGCGCCCCAAACACGACGAAAACUGACUGAAGGGAACCUGUCUACCCACGAGAACACGAGUAAAGUAACGCCGAGACACUACACAGCGGGAACAGGCGAUAAGAAUGGAACGGAUGAUAAAGAUAUGAAAGAUAAUAUAAAUGAUAAAGAUAAUGAAACCGAGGGAGCCUUUAUACCUGACCCACAGUUUACAGUCACUACAGAGGUGGACUCUGAGACACUGAAGGGCGGCAGAAGCAACACCCCCGAGCACAGGAAUAAACAGGAUGGCAACACAGACGCCACCAACAUCAACAAAGGAGAUGACACAGUCUUUAGAAAAUCAAUCACUAUGACAGACCUUGAUGAAACAAAUCUUUAGUUACCCCCCCGAAAAUAAAUGAAAGUCGCCUCAAUACCGAGUCAUAGUGAACCAAAAUAUUAACGUUAUUAUUGAAUUUCUGGUGAGGUUUUCAAGGGAAAGUUUUGUCGAGGAUAAAAUAAUUUUUCUGGUGCGGUGUAUGAGGGCCUCGA